UCUCUUCAUCUUCCCAAAAAGAAUCAACCAGAUCUGCUUCGAAGAGAGACUCGUUUACCCCAAAUCUAGCUAUGGAGAAACCGUACGGAUACGCGAGCGUGAGCAUGAGCGGCAUAGAUCGUGAUCGGAAGGAUAUUGAUCUCGAGAUGGGAGUCGGAGAAGCGACGCUUUACCCAGGGCUAAGCUACGGCGAGAACCAGCUCCGUUGGGGGUUUAUUCGUAAGGUCUAUGGGAUUCUCUCCGCUCAGCUUCUUCUUACGACUCUUAUCUCCGCCGUCGUUGUUCUUAACCCUCCGGUUAACGAUCUCUUGACCGGAUCUCCUGGGAUUCUUCUCUUCCUUUGCAUCAUCCCCUUCAUCUUAAUCUGGCCUCUGCACAUUUACCACCAGAAGCAUCCUGUUAACCUGAUCCUCCUUGCCCUGUUCACCGUCUCAUUGAGCUUCACUGUUGGUGUCAGUUGUGCUAUGACAGAAGGAAGAAUCGUCCUCCAAGCUUUGAUAUUGACACUGUCUGUGGUCGGGUCUCUAACCGCAUACACUUUCUGGGCUGCAAAGAAAGGAAAAGACUUCAGCUUCCUUGGACCCAUUCUCUUCACCAGCCUGAUCAUUCUUGUAGUAACAAGCUUCAUCCAGAUGUUCUUCCCUCUUGGGCCGACUUCUAUUGCCGUAUAUGGAGGAAUCAGCGCAUUGGUAUUCUGCGGAUACAUAGUCUACGAUACCGACAAUCUAAUCAAGCGUUUCACAUAUGACGAAUACAUCCUCGCAUCAGUGGCUCUCUACUUGGACAUCCUCAACCUCUUCUUGACCAUAUUGCGUGUGCUUAGGCAAGGCGACAACUGAAAGGGGUCAUAAAGAUGAUGUUUUUCAGUGAUGGAAUUUAUAACUAAAAAGCGUAACCCAAUGCCUUUAUGCGAUUUACAUUUGUGUGUAUAUCUUACUUCUGUUUGGAGAAUUUAGUAUAUGAUGAUGCUAUGUGGGUUAAACGAUUGUGUAAACAAAAUCAAGAAAAGCCUGAUUUUUCAAGUUGAAACAAAUGAUAAUUUUGGCGGAAUUUUUAUGUCUUA